AUGGCAAAGAUGCAAUUCUCAUUCUUUAUCGCCGUGGUGCUUCUCGUCUGCUCUUCGUCAACAUACGCCAAAACCGCAAGCCCUCCGGCUCCAAUGCUGCCGCCGACACCAGCUCCGGCACCGGCUCCACACCACGUGAAUCUGACGGAGCUCCUAAGCGUUGCUGGUCCGUUCCACACAUUCCUUGACUACCUUCUCUCAUCUGGAGUCAUCGAGACAUUCCAAAACCAAGCCAACAACACCGAGGAAGGUGUCACAAUCUUUGUCCCUAAAGACGAUGCUUUCAAGGCCCAGAAGAAUCCUCCUUUGUCUAAUCUCACAAAGGACCAGCUCAAGCAGCUUCUUCUCUUCCAUGCUCUUCCUCAUUACUACUCCCUUUCCGAAUUCAAGAACCUCAGCCAAUCCGGUCCGGUGAGCACUUUCGCUGGAGGCCAAUACUCCUUGAAAUUCACUGAUGUUUCGGGCACAGUUCGAAUCGACUCUCUAUGGACCAGGACUAAAGUCAGCAGCAGCGUCUUCUCCACUGAGCCUGUGGCUGUUUACCAAGUGAACCGUGUGCUUUUACCCGAAGCAAUCUUUGGUACUGAUGUCCCUCCAAUGCCUGCUCCAGCUCCUGCUCCUGUGGUUAGCUCUCCUUCCGAUUCGCCUUCCGCUGAUUCUGAAGGAGCCAAUGCUUCUUCCCCAAAGUCCUCUCACAAGAACUCCGCACAGAUGCUGGCUCUCGCUCCAAUCGCCAUGGCGGUUUCCGGUUUGGUGGCAUUGUUAUUGUGA